UUGGAACAAGCCGCUGCCGCUGCAAAAUCACGCUGCGAUAGCGUUGGAACAAGCCGCUGCCGCUACAAAAAAAUCACGCUACGAUCGCGUUGGAACAAGCCGCUGCCGCUGCAAAAAAAUCACGCUGCGAUAGCGUUGGAACAAGCCGCUGCCGCUGCAAAAAAAUCACGCUGCGAUCGCGUUGGAACAAGCCGCUGCCGCUGCAAAAAUCACGCUGCGAUCGCGUUGGAACAAGCCGCUGCCGCUGCAAAAAUCACGCUGCGAUCGCGUUGGAACAAGCCGCUGCCGCUGCAAAAAAGCCACGCUACGAUCGCGCUGGAACAAGCUGCCGCUGCAAAAAAGCCACGCUGCGAUCGCGCUGGAACAAGCUGCCGCUGCAAAAAAGCCACGCUGCGAUCGCGCUGGAACAAGCUGCCGCUGCAAAAAAAUCACGCUGCGAUAGCGUUGGAACAAGCCGCUGCCGCUGCAAAAAUCACGCUGCGAUCGCGUUGGAACAAGCCGCUGCCGCUGCAAAAAUCACGCUGCGAUAGCGUUGGAACAAGCUGCUGCCGCUGCAAAAAUCACGCUGCGAUAGCGUUGGAACAAGCCGCUGCCGCUGCAAAAAAUCACGCUGCGAUAGCGUUGGAACAAGCCGCUGCCGCUGCAAAAAAAUCACGCUGCGAUCGCGUUGGAACAAGCCGCUGCCGCUGCAAAAAAAUCACGCUGCGAUAG